CAUAUCCGCAUUGUACAUGUGUGUUAUUUCGCCUGCAGUCAGGUCUCCUGCAGCGGUGCGGCUGGGCGCUGCUCUGUCUUCAUUCAUUUAGCUCGACAAGACGGGGACUUGGAUUUGGCUUCAGGGCGUGCUCCAAGUUCAACUUAGCUCAUAAUAAUUUACCAGAUAGUGUCCAAAGGUUCUUCAAGCGUAAGCGUUACUUGUUGAAACGGUUUGCAAUAUGGCUUCUAUGUGGCAAAGUGUCCUUUCUGCGCACCAGAGGAUAGUGGAGAAUGGAGACUACAACAAAAACUGUCUUCAUUCAGUGCUGUAUUUUGAGGAAAUCAAGACAAAAGGACAGACCCGUGGCUGCUGGUCUACUCCCCUGUCCCUGUGUCGAUCAUCUUCCUGGUUUACCUUUGUGUGGUCUGGGCCGGCCCUCGUCUGAUGAAAGACAGAAAACCUGUUGACCUCAAAGUUGUUCUGAUUGUUUACAAUUUUGCCAUGGUUGGCCUGUCGGCCUACAUGUUUUAUGAGUUCCUGGUCACAUCCUGGCUCUCAGACUACAGCUACCGCUGCCAGCCUGUAGAUUACAGCACCAGUCCGCUGGCAAUGAGGAUGGCCAAAGUCUGCUGGUGGUUUUUCUUCUCCAAGGUCAUAGAGCUCAGUGACACGUUCUUCUUCAUCCUGAGGAAGAAGAACAAUCAGUUGACUUUCCUUCAUGUGUACCACCACGGCACCAUGAUCUUCAACUGGUGGGCGGGAGUCAAGUAUGUGGCCGGCGGACAGUCCUUCUUCAUUGGCCUGCUCAACACCUUCGUUCACGUUGUGAUGUAUCUAUACUACGGCCUGGCUGCCAUUGGCCCUCACAUGCAGAAGUACCUGUGGUGGAAGAGACACCUUACGUCACUGCAGCUGGUGCAGUUUCUGAUGUUCCUCGUGUACACGGGCCGCAACCUGCUCACAGAGUGCGACUUCCCCAAAUCCAUGAACUUGUUAGUGUUUUGUUACUGUAUCACCCUCGUCAUCCUCUUCGGUAACUUCUAUUAUCAGAGCUAUGUCAACAAGAAGAAGCAGAAGUAAAGAUACACAAGGUUCUUGUGCCUGCAGUACUCACCAGCGUCCACUAGAGGGAACAAUAAGCUCACAAUAUGGAAGUUUUUCUCAGCGCUGGUCACGAUCUGCCUGAGUCCACAGUCAAACCUGAAUAUUUUACACAUAUAUACGUACAACUAAUGUGAAAAAUUUGAGUACUUUCUGCAUUUAUUUUGUAUUUUAUAUAGAGCAAAAAGAAAAAGCACUGUGUCGUCAUUCAGUUAUUUAUUUCUUAAAUUGAGAAAUGACAAACAUUCAAAUGAUUGCUGUAAACAAACUGUACAUUUUAUACAUAUAAUAAUAAUAAUAAUUAUAAAGUAGGUUGGUUUCUCUGCAUUAUUGCAGAAUUAAUGAGUUUAAACCCUCCUCCAGAGAUAAAUCCAAGAGCAAAAAAAAACAACAAAAACAAAACACUUAACAACAAAAUA